UCUUCCGAUUUAUUUUGUCACUUUCACUUGUAAAAGACUUUUAAAUCAACAUUAUUAGUGUUAUUAGUGCAAUGGAAUCGAAUGAAGGCAAAAAUAGAUGAAUGAUGAAUUAAUUGUUUGAAUUUUUGUUUUCAUUAUUUAUUCCAUUUUGUUAAUACUUGUAUUUUGUUUUGUUUUGUUAGUGUUUCUUUACAUUCUAUCUUAUCUACGUCUACUCAUCAUUCGUCAUGGCCUCAGCUACAGCAACCUACUACCCGCCUGAACCUAAAACAUAUUAUGGUUCUAGGAGGUUAGAGCCUUUUUUCCGUAACGUCGGCCUUUCUGUUGAUCAGGGUAAUUUUUGUUUGGUACAAUUCACUUGCUUAUUAUUGGGAAUUUUUUACUACCAAAUUAGCCGAGUAAUCAAAUUAACCGACACUUCCAAACAUUUGAUCAUGUUAAUACCUGGAAUCGCUUUGUGCUAUUUCUGUUUUGGUUACCAGACAAGCAACUUAUUUGUUCUAGCCAUGUUAUGUUAUAUAACUAUGUGUGCCUGUGACCCUCAAUCUGUCCACAAAGCUGUCCUUUUCAUAUCCAUGCUUUACCUUUCUUACCUUCACCUGCUUCGGCAAAUAGAUGAUUAUGGUGGUUACUCUAUUGAUAUCACCGGUCCUACCAUGAUUAUUGUACAAAAAGUUUCCAGCCUCGCAUUUUGCCUGCACGAUGGUCAUGGACGACCUGAAAAAGAUCUUACUCCUGAACAAAAAGCAUUACGAGUCACCAGGGUUCCAACACUUCUAGAAUUUCUUUCAUACGUUUUCCACUUUCCUAGUGUAAUGUGUGGUCCUUUGGUGUACUUUAAAAAUUACUUGGAGUUCAUUGAUGGUACGAAUUUUUCAAAACACAUCGAGUCACCUGAAGCCGAGAAACGAAGUGUCCAUCCCGGCAAAGCAAUUCUCAAAAAAUUAUUUAUUAGCGUCUUCUUUGCAAUUAUGAUUGUUGUCUAUUCUCCUAAAUUUCCUAUUUCUAAACUUUGUGACGAUAAGUUCCUAGCAGAGUCUUCCUUCAUUAUGGUUGUAGCGUACAUGUUAGCGUCAACAGCUAGUGCUCGUUUUAAAUACUAUUUCGCAUGGACUUUUGGUGAAGCCUGUUGUAACGCUGCUGGCAUUGGCUUUAAUGGGUUCAACUCUAAAAACCAACCUAAUUGGGAUCUUCUUGAUGCAGUUGAUAUUCUCAGAUUUGAGUUUUCUCGUAAUCUUCGUGAAGCUUUGGAAGCCUGGAAUAAAACAACUCAAUCAUGGCUAAGAAGGUCAGCAUACGAAAGAGCGCCUAGAUUCCGGAUGCUUGCUACUUACAUACUGUCAGCAAUGUGGCAUGGGUUCUAUCCUGGUUAUUAUUUAACGUUUUUAUCUGGAGCUUUAUUCACUCAAGGAGCUCGAACUGCCCGACGGUGUCUCCGUCACCAUUUCCAGUCAAGCAAAUGGCUAUCCUUUGUUUAUGACAUAAUAACAUGUCUUUUUACUCGAAUCAUGAUGGCUUAUCUUGUUUUCCCGUUCGUAAUGUUAGCUGCUUAUGACUGUUGGAAAGUUUACUGCCGUUUGUACUUCUUUGGCCAUGUUAUUGUUUUACUUGGCAUCUUUGUUCUUCCUCGUAUCAUCAAACCUCUCAAAAAAAGUCAAAAUGUUAACGGCAAUGAAAAAUCAAAAACCAAUUGAAAAACAUAAGAUAAAAAGCCAGACUAAAAAUACAAAGAAUUAUCUUGAACAAAUCCUAGGACUCCAUUAAAAGCGCACCAAUUCACAAAAUUUAUCCGAACAUGGCCAGAUAGAAACUCAAUCCAAAAAGACAAGCAGUAUUUGGAAAAGCUGACGAAUUAAGAUUGAUUAAUUAAUUCGUAAGAUUACUGUGAUUUAGUGCAUCUUCCAGUUAAAAGUGAGGCUGAAGAGCUGUCCAUCAAAUCAUGCGUUCAUUUCACAUCACAAUUUCAUCAUCCAUUCAAAUCCAUCAAAUCAUCAAAUAAUUAGCUUUUCAUUAUUUUAGUAACAUCUCAUAAUUUCUACCGUGAUAACAACCGCUGUCCUUGCCCUCUUCUCAAUGAUCUAAACACAACGGACAACUUAUUAAACUUCAGCAUUGUCAUAAUUCUCUUGUAUGUUUGAAGCAAGUAACUAUCUCAUAAAGGCGCUUUGAUUUUUCGGAACUAAUGCUCACCAAUAACCAUUACAAGAUAAUUGCCACGCUCAACAUUUUACUUCGAAUCAUUGAUAUUUAAGAUUUCCCAGCGAUUUUCUACAUCGUCGUAGAUUAAUUUUCUUCCAUACAUUUUUAAUUUUUAUGUUUCUUGUCAUUUGAAACCUGGAAACGAACAACGACUUACUGGAGAACAGAAGAUAAACUUGAAAAAAUUCUUAGAUCAAGUCGCCCUUAAGUGAUAUGAGAAUGUAUAUAUUAAGGAUCAAAAUCUCGAACAAUGGCAACAGCUUGGUUUUUUCAAAUCAUUUCAUUUCAUCUGUUUCACCGAUAAUCACUCUGGAAAUAAGGGGAUCUCUAUUUGCCCCUAAUGUGUGAAAAAUUACGUCUUCUGUGGCUCUGGAAUUUGCAAUUCUAAUUUGAAAUAAUUAAUAGCAAUCUAAGUUUUACUUUUUAUAUUUCUCGUAAUAUUUACAAAAGAUGAUUAAUGCUUGGUAGUCUUAAGGUCAAUUGAAAAUCAAAAACAUAUCUAUAUUAUUACUGUUUAUAAUAAUAUAGUAAUAGAUCAAAUGUUGAACCCGCAAUUUAUCCCCUUCAUUGUUAUCUUAUAAAUCAAGAAUUGUAAAAAUCAUAGUUAUUGCUCAGCAUAUCUGUUCGAUGUCUGUUUCCAUUGUCAAUGAAUAACUAGCAAACUUUUGAAAACAAGCAAUUGAGCUUUUAAAUGUUUACUUUUUUAUAUACAUUUCUCGCUAAUAGAUGAGUUGAAAACCAAAUUAGCAAUUGAUUUUAAUAAAAAAACAAUAAAUUCACCCAAAUUGAACAGAAACACGAUGAUCAUUUAACCGUUGUAACAUUGUAUCGAUUUAUGUAAAAUUUGGAUUGAUUAUCGUAAUUACUGAUCAAGUAAUGAUUGUAAGCGUAUAUUAAACAUAGUUCAUGUAUUGUAUCAAGCUCUUGUAUCAAGCACUUGAUUGUGUAAUUUAAUAUUUUAAAAUUCUAUACAAUUAACUCUUCAUUAUGUGAUACUUGUUAUGCUAAAGAUACUUAUGAAUAAAUUGUCAAAAUUAAAACAAAUGCCAACAACUCAAA